CAUACGUUGAAGCGCGUGGUCGUCCAAAGUUCUUGCUCCGGAAAAUUCAAGGGGAGUACAGGAAAAUAGCAGUGAAACAACAACAAACUAGAGCAGAGCCCAGCAGCAGCAGAAGCAAAAGCAGCAGCAGUCGACGAAGGAAAUUUGACAGACUUUGAUGUGAAACGGAAACGAGGCGGCGAUAUAUAGUGAGAGACAGGAAGCGACGCCAUAGGGCCAACUGGCAAGAGAAGGGGAAAAUAGUGUGCAAAUUGAUAUUGUCGAGCAGCAUGGAUGAGGAGCACGACGACGAUCAAAUAAUAUGAGAUUAGAUGGGGCUUUAGAGCCCCGGCACCGUCACGGUCACGGAGCUGCCAUCCUCAAGGGCCGCUUCCAUGGUGUAGCCCCACUGAGGCGCGAGACGCGUGAAAAAUGUGAGACAAAGCAAAACCAACAAGCUGACGAAGACGACGAUGCAGCCACAGAUGCUGAGUGCUUGACCAGCAGCAACAACAGCAAAAGGAACACAAUCAGCAGCAGCUGCAACAGCAACAACUGCCACUGGACGCUGCCACCAAGUAAGACAGCAAACAAAGGCAACUUGGACUUCAACGUUGAGGGCAUCUCCACGACAAGAGCAACAGCCCCAAGAGCUGCAGCCCAGGCCAUUUCUUUGUGCGACGGAAACGUGAAACGCUCCCCCAUUGUCGCCACCCUAAAAAAGCGUGCCCAGCCAUCGUUAAUGCUAAUGGCCGCCACUGUGGGGCCAAAGAACCCCAUUCCGAACCCGAAUCCGGACCCCAAGAAGAGCAUUAGCAUGGGCAGGAGCGGGAGCAGGAGCAGGUGCCAAGGCAUUGGCCUGGCCGUGGCUAAGGAAUGGGAUCUGGGCAUGAGCCGGAACUGGAGUUGGCUUUGUGGCUGGGGCUGGGGAUGGGGCUGGGGCGCUCCCCUCAACACGUUUGUCCUAUGCCUGAUUUCCGUUAUUGCCCUGCUGCCGGCAUUAACGCUCGGCGAUGACGGUGAUAAUUUCUUUGCCGUGAAUGCCUUCAGCGCGGGACCGGAGACGACAACCCCAGAGUUUGAUUAUGCCAGCCGCGGACAGAAGAAGUUUGGGGACAAGUGCGAUAACACCUUGGAGUGCGGUUUCCCUGGCUCCAUAUGCGAUCCCAAGAAGAAGUCCUGUCAGUGUACCGAGGAUCUGCCCGUCACCAAUCACAUUGAUAAAUGUGGCAAAGAGGCCGCCAUCAACGAGACCUGCUUCUUCAACGAGCAGUGCGAGCAGAAGUACUUUCAGACGGAGUGCCGCGAUGGACGAUGCGCCUGCCGCUUUGAGAUGUCACCCGUUUGGGCCAAGGAUGGCACUGUGGAGUGUGCAGGGCGCCAGGAUAAGCGGGGACCCGAGACCUACAUCGAUCCGGCCAUGAUUUUCGUGCUGGUAGGAAUGGCAUUGAUGUUUAUUAUUAUUUGUGUCGUCCUGCGAUUGUUUAGCCAAGCCCGCUGGCAUGAGAAUCGGACCAUCUUCAAUACGCCCAAUCCGCGCCUGAUGAACGUCUCACUGCUGCGCGACAGCAAGCUGCUCCACGGCCAGGAGCGACGUGGAUCCCGGAUGUCGGUGCGAGCCCCAUCUCGGCAGCCCAGCAUGGCCUCGCUGCGUCCGCACUCGCCCAAUCCGUCGCUAGGUAAGACAGGCUCGGACUCCCACGGCAGCAACGCCUCGGGCACUUCAGUGCGCUCCAAUCGCAGCAAUUCGGUAGCUCCCGGCAAGGUAACACAUCAUGAGCGACACGGAUCCGCCCAUCGGCAGCACCAUCCCCAUGGGCAUCAGCCGCAGCACCACCACCAGCAGCAGCAGCAGCAGCAUCACCAGCAGCCGCAAUCACCGCAGGAGCAGGCGCUGAUCACCAACAUCACCACCAAUCCGGUGGCCGAGAGCGUGACCGUCGAGAUCAUCGAGCCGGGACAGAAAUAGGAGGAAGAGGAGCAAUAGAAGGAGGGAUAGUAAGGCAAGCAAUGGAGUAUGGUAUACUAGACCAGAUAAAUGGCAAACUCUCUGACACGAACACUGAACACGAAUUCGAAUUGUCGAUACACGAGUAUAUAUGUAUACUAUGUACUUGGUCACGAUAUAUGCACGCGAUAAUAAGGCUGGCUCCCCGAUAGGGAAUAAAGGAUGGGCGUAUGGGGGGCCAGGCCACACACACACACAUGAUGCCAUUGUUAGACUCUUUUUGACAAAGACAAUUUUUGCAAUUAGUGGAAAAUUUUUUAACCAAACCAAUUAUAUACUUAUUAUAUAUAUAUUGUACGGAGCAUAUAACAACUUUUGCUGACACCCUCACACAUACACCCAACCAAAAAAAAACAAAGAAAAUGCUAAUGAAUUACUUACGAUAUAUGCAUAUAUAGCGAGCAAUGCGUAUACCGCGACUACACCGUAAAAAAUAUUGAAAAAAACCUUGCAUAACAAAUUCAUACUACUCUUUUUUUCAACCAAAAAAAACAAAAACAAGCAAAACAAAACAAAACAAUGAAGAAAACUUUAUUCAUUUAUAUAAAAUAUUGUAAUGCAGUUAAACUACAGAUAUCUAAGCUUUGGGUUGAAGGCUUUAAGAAACAAAACAGAGAAAGACCCAUUAGGCAUAGUGAAAACGUAGAGAGACCCUAGUCAGUCAGGCACGAUCUCAGCUCGUAGUGUUCUAUAACCAAUCAAUCUCAAUUGGUGUGACCCCUUUCGCAGAGGGUCAUUGCGGAAUCAUUGCCAAACAAAAAAACACGAAAUGAAUUCGGAAUAAACCAAAAGCAAUUCGCUGAUACAACGCCUUAUCUAUACUCGUAACUAUAGUGACAAGCCGACUCAGAUCGCGACUGAGCCACGCCUCCAAUUGCCGCUCUAGCUCCCACAUAUGGAUGUUAGCCCAAAAUGGAAAUGGUAGGGAAAACCAAGAUGAAGAAAUAUUAAACAACCUCGGGACCAUAUUUUAUAAUCAAAAUAUGCGUUUCAUUGCGAAGCACGCACGUUCAGAUUAUCCUUAUUUUCAACUUUAGAUUUAUUUUCUCAAGAAACACACAUCUCGCUCUAGAGAUUAAGAUACGGAAAAAUUGUACCUAUAUUUUUACCAACUUUUUGCUAGCUGAGCAAAAAGUGUAAGGGAACACACAAAAACACCCACACCACACAACACAAAAAAUGAUAUUAAGGAUAAAGAAUAUACAAUGAAUGCUAGCAGUACGCACACACAACCUAUACAUAGAAUCUAAAUUGACUUCCAGUCUUAUAAUAUUAUAGUUUUACUUAAGUUCUAGAGUCCCUGUAAACACUUUGUGCUAAAUUUGGUUUAACAGCGAUAUUUUCCACUCACCGAUCGAGAUCGAGGCCGGGGACCUGGGAUUGUGCAUUGGGCUAGCCGAGAAUAGGGGAAGAUUUUCGGAUCUGUCCAAUGCGGAGUUUGAAGCGGUGCCAGCGGUAAGAUCUUCAAGUUAUAGCCAUAGUAGAUAUACAUAUGUAUGUAGAAGUUUGAGAUUGAUAAGGUUUAGCUGUUGCCCCCAGACACCAUGGAAACACAGAUAACUCUCAUUUGCUUUUGUGCUCAAUCAAAGAAGCUUAACUGUGAGAAUAACAAAACGAAUACAAGAUACAAAUAAAUGUAGAGCAAGAAAAUAAUCUUAAAAUGCUUGAGAACUUUAGCUAAACAAUUAAAAUUAGUGUAACUCUAACGACAAACAAAAACAAAA